AUGUCUUUCACAUUGAUCUUUGCCUUUGAACUCUCCAUCAACUUGUUUGCAAACCUUUUCCGAGACUUCUUCAGGGAUCCUUGGAAUCACUUUGAUUUCAUUGUCGUUUUCUUUGGAAUUCUCUCGAUAGCUGCUGGAAAUUUUCCUGGUUCAAACAGUUUGAAAUUGAUGCGUACCUUUCGUGUCUUCCGACUUUUCAAGCGCGUGCCAAGCUUGAAAAGGAUUGUAGAGUCAAUCUUUGAAGCGAUACCAGCGAUGGCCAAUGCAUAUCUUUUGUUGUUUCUGAUUGCCUCAAUUUACGCCAUGAUGUGCGUCAACUUUUUUGCUUCCUACACUGUAGAAGACUUUGGCACGUUUUUCCGAGCAAUGUUCACUUUGUGGCAAUUUAUGACAGGCGAUGGUUGGUCUGAUAUUGUUCGACAAUUGUUUAUACAGACAGGAAAUCCUGCGGGUGUUGGUAUUUUCUUUGUGAGCUAUCAGUUGAUCAUCACUUUCACUCUGGUCAACAUCGUGAUCUGCGUGCUUGUGGAUAAGUUUUGCUCUUCGCCGAGCAACAACACUGGAGUGAAUCUACGACCCUAUGAAGACCCCAAUGUCAUGUAUGUCCAGAGAAGCGUAUUUGGCUUGAAGUCUCUUGUCGAACAGCUACUGGACAGCGUCGACCUUGAAGACCUGGAGGUCCGGCUGGGCAAACUGUGGAAAGCUGUAUGUGUUUCUAAGGGGAACUGCAUGGAUGAAACGCAUGAUCAGGAGUCGAUGUCUUUCAAGGAGCUUCAGUCAGCAUUCCGCGAGAUGAGGCUGAUGCCUCCCGUCAUCUUCGAGCUGAAGGAUUGGUAUGCGUUUGUCGAGUACGCUGGUCUGUCGAGCAAGAGUGGCCUCCUCUCCAAGGCUGGGUUCGGUUGCAUGCUACGGCUGGUCAUGUUCAGGUACACCAAACUUCAACUGCAUUUCGCAAGCAAGGUCGGAAUCGCUGGAUGGAACAGCGACAAUAUUGACAGUGUGAUGAAGGCCUUGAAAGGACUUGCGAUCGCCUCGGCUGAAAAGCAGACCGAUAUCAAACUGAGCUCGUGA